GGACACGAGGAGGGUACGAUUGAGAUUUUCCCAUUUAUCUUUUUUAUUUUUUUAUUUUUACAAAAAGCCGCAGAGGCCACUAUGGAAAGACUGUAUAGUGUGGCAUUACCACCCGCUCUUACUUCAAGCACAGUUCAACAGCGGCUGUGCGUGUUGCAGCACCUCCUGGAAGAUCCCCUCCCCUAUUGGCUCUUUCUCGGGGUAUGCGCUUGUUUUGACAACUCAUUUGAUUGUUGGAUAUGGUUUGAGGGGACGACACGGACUGCAGGUUAAACCGUAGAAUUCGUAACAGUUUCUGCAUUUUGCAACCUAUGCGAACCGGAUUAAUUUUGGUAGGCUAAAAAUAGGAAUUGAGUUUAUAAACGCGCGUUCCUUAAAAAAAAGGUGGGGGGGGGGAUUGACUGGAUUGAAAUGACCAUGUCCGAGGAGAAGAAUUCGGGGUCUCGGGGGAAAGAGGAAGAGAGCGAAGAUGAGAGUGAAAUCUUGGAAGAAAGCCCUUGCGGUCGCUGGCAGAAGCGAAAGGAGCAGGUGAGUCAGGGGAAUGUCCCGGGCAUCGAGACUGCCUCACUGGCCAUGGACACAGAGGAGGGAGUGGAGGUGGUGUGGAACGAAGUGCAGUUCUCCGAUAAGAAGGUCUUCAAAUCUCACGAGGAUCGAAUGAGGGAGAUGUUUGAGAGCCUGAUGCAUGUAGAUCACCCCAACAUUGUCAAGUUCCAUAAGUACUGGCUGGACACCAGGGAGAGUCGGGCGAGGGUGAUCUUCAUCACAGAGUACAUGUCAUCAGGCAGUCUCAAGCAGUUCUUAAAGAAAACAAAGAAAAACCACAAGACCAUGAAUGUCAAGGCAUGGAAGCGAUGGUGCACACAGAUUCUGUCAGCUCUGAGUUAUCUGCAUUCCUGCCACCCGCCCAUAGUCCAUGGUAACUUGACGUGUGACACCAUCUUUAUCCAGCACAACGGACUCAUCAAGAUCGGCUCGGUGUGGCAUAGGCUGUUUGUCAAUGUUUUCCCAGAGGCGAUCUACGGAAAUGUGCAGCAUCAUCGGGAUGAUGAAACGAACCAGCACUAUUUUGCUCCUGAAUACGGCUUGGCUGAGGAUGUUUGCUCUAUUGACAUCUUCGCCUUUGGCAUAUGUACCCUGGAGAUGGCAGUGUUGGAGAUCCAGGCUAACGGGGACACUGUGGUAUCCAAAGAGGCUAUAACCAACGCCGCCCAGUCUUUAGAGGACCCACUCAUAAAGGAGUUCACCCAGUCGUGUGUACGCAUGGACGCCAAGAAGAGACCCACGGCCCAUGACCUGCUGUUUCACAGGGUCCUGUUUGAGGUGCACUCUCUUAAGCUGCUGGCUGCCCACUGCUUUAUCAACUAUCAGUAUCAGCUUCAUGAUAACUGCCUUGAAGAGAAGACCAGAACUUUCGACCCCAGUGGUGUGAUGGCUGAGAUCAAGCAUGGGGACCGGCCCGGGGUGGAGAUCAAGUACUCGAAUGUUUCGCCGCUAGAACUGGACAAAUUUCUGGAGGACGUAAAGAAUGGGAUCUAUCCCUUGAUGAACUUCCAGCGGGGCCUCACCAUGCCCCGGACCUUGUCCAUCUUCCAGGAGCGCAUGGAGACAGUGAAUACUCCCAGCCCGGAGCCCCAGGAGAUGGAGACCAGAAAGGUUGUCCAAAUGCAUUGUAACUUGGAGUUCACUGAGGAAGGCACCAGAAGUCAUCUCUCUCUCCUCCUGAAGAUGGACGACAAGCUCCAACGGCAGCUGAAUUGUGAUGUUCUGCCUACUGACAGCUCCAAAGACCUGGCUAGUGAGCUGGUUCACUUCGCCUUCAUCAGUGAGGAGGACUGUGAGAAGCUGGCGGGCUUUCUGGAAGACGCCCUGUGUAAGCAUUGGGCCGGGCCGCCAUUGGAGGAGUCUUCCCUGGCAUAGUGAUGAUGUGCCGACACAUGCUGCUGACCCAAGGGGGAUCUGGACCCUGGGAAAACUACAACAAGAAAGAGAAUUUAGGGACAGAGGGGAAGGGGGGCAAUUAGUGGGGGAACUUUCAGAGUGAACAUUCCAGGACUAGGAAGUGCCAGAUUUUCGUUUUUGUGAAGCUUGUAAGGGAAGAGAGCCAAGUCAGCGCUUCAAUCUGUGUGGCAAAUGUAAGCAUCAAGAAACGCUGUCUCAAAACAGAAGUGAGAGGCGAGCUCUCUUUCUACUAAACAGAAGUGAGAGGCGAGCUCUCUUUCUACUAAACAGAAAGAGAAGCGAUCUCCGUUUCUACUAAACAGAAGAGAGAAGCGAUCUCUCUUUCUACUAAACAGAAGUGAGAGGCGAGCUCUCUUUCUACUAAACAGAAGAGAGAAGCGAUCUCUCUUUCUACUAAACAGAAGUGAGAGGCGAGCUCUCUUUCUACUAAACAGAAGUGAGAGGCGAGCUCUCUUUCUACGAAACAGAAAUUCGAUCUCCGUUUCUACUAAACAGAAGAGAGAAGCAAUCUCCGUUUCUACUAAACAGAAGAGAGAAGCGAUCUCUCUUUCUACUAAACAGAAGAGAGAAGCGAUCUCCCUUUCUACUAAACAGAAGAGAGAAGCGAUCUCCCUUUCUACUAAACAGAAGAGAGAAGCGAUCUCCCUUUCUACUAAACAGAAGAGAGAAGCGAUCUCCCUUUCUACUAAACAGAAGUGAGAAGCGAUCUCUCUUUCUACUAAACAGAAGUGCCAACCAACUCAAGCCAGAUAAGACUAUGCUAGGAGAGCUACUAUAUUUGGCCACUUCAAUGCCUCCGUCUCUCCGCACAGAUGAUGUCAAUGGCCUUGUUUAGAAUUAUAGCAAGAGACAGUGGACAAAGUAAGCAAUACGAGGAACAUAAAGGUCUUCAACAUUUACUGCUGCAUUGAGGCCUUUUUGUCCAUAAUAACCUAUUGGGCUCAAUUUUACACACGCAGCGCAGCCUUGGCAAUGACCCCAUAAAGAAAACUAUUCUAAAACUCCCACUCUCACAUGCAAGGUGAGGGUACAGACACAUUGAGAUUUUGUGUCCCAAGAUUCCAGGAUUGAGACAAUGGUUUUUCAAUGGGGAGGUCAUCCUCUGCUUGAUGACUGAUUGUCCAACAGAAGGAAAACAAACUGAAAAAUAUGUUAAGUCUUCUACAUAUACAAGUCAUCCGAAAAAAGUAGGGAUGAGUUAAACUUAUGACAAGAACGGACAAUGAUGUAGGUCAUAUACAAUUUUAUCCGUGUUCAUGCUUCUCUGUUAAGAGUUUAAUAUUUUCCUGGUAUUUUACAAAUAAAUCACUCUUCUCCCGGGUAAAAUAAUUUAUAAAGCAUAUAAAUAUGCCCAUGUCUGGAUUUGAAUAGACCUUUGAGCGAAAAUUCAAGUCUGAUGCGCCAUAUACAUUAAAGACAUUUAAUGAGCCCAAGCCACCAAAACAAACACAUGAUUGUGCGGUUAUCCAAUACAUAUAUGAUAUAGGCUACUGCACAUUACGCACGACAGAAAAACAUAAAAGCCCAUUGAUGUAGUUAGUUUCAUUUAUUUACCCAACAGAGCAUAUAGCUAACUCCAGUAGGCUAAUACUUCCUGAGUGUAAACUGUAUAAUAUCGACUGGAAUUACACACAUCGAUCAAACUGUGAUAGAGCGAGGAGAGAACAUGCGAUUCCGGUGCAGCACAUGUCUCCUGUAAAGUUACAAGUAUAGGUCAGCGAAAUAGUUUUUAAUUUAAGUAUAAUGGGGCCUAUUUGUAUCAUUUUAGUCGACUGACGCAUAUAUACCUUGAAAUAAUAUUUCCCCUAAUGUUAUUUGUAUAUUAUAUUUGUUUUUGCUUGCUUCCUUCCUCUCUUUCAACUGUUAAAUGAAAUACUUUUCGUUGUCCUUUAUUCUCAUCAUUCUAAAUGACAUCCGUGAACAAUAUAGGACUCGAAUUAGAUGCAGAAGGCUUUCACUUCUCUUCACAAAGAUAGAAUGGUCAUGGGUCUGAAUAAAUAACUGCUAUAGCCGACCGACAUCGCGCGUUCGCUCUUUCAAACGAGUUAUACUGGCUGCUGUAUUUACCAUUCAGCAAACAAGCGCUUCAGUCCCUCUUCAAAUAGUCUAUUGGUAUAAGACAUGCUUAAUGUCCAAGCUAUUCUAGUCAAGCUUCUCCUGCAAAGCUAUUCGAGUGAUGGGCUGUUUUUAAAACUGCAGCUGCAAUAAAACAAUUAUCUUUACAAUUUAAAAAAAAAUACAAGUGAUCCCUAAAGCCAGAUGUAAAGACAUUCAGUCGUUAUAUUACUGUAGCAUAGACUAUGCUGCAGAAAAUGCAGGCCUACCAUCACAAUAUAUUUUGUGUUUACCAUGAUGACAUACAUUGUGAACUGCGGUCCAUACUGCUGUUCCCUGAGCGUUGAUUCAUCAUGCAGAUGCCGUAGAGAAGCCAGAUUUUCACGACAUUGGGUAUAAUUUAUGUUCCAUUCACGCCAUGCUGUUCAUAUAAAUCAUUUAUUAUAAUUUUCCGGUUUCUCGCAGUUAUUUAUCCCGAGGAAAGGGUUUUGGGCCGUGAAUCUCAGUAACCGGGUUCCCGCGAUUCAACCCUAGUUUCCGUGUGGCCAUUCCUCUUAUGCAAUUUCGUAACUUUUCGUUUGCGAUGUCUGUGAGAAAGCACAGAUUAUUGAAACAUCAUUGAAGCACAUAACACUAAAAUGUGAAGCGCGUAAUUCAAUCUCGAUGAUUAUUUUUCAAACGUUACCGAGGCUACGCUGCGUAUGUCACCCUGGUAUGUUUCAAUGUUAUAAGGCUACAAACAAGAUGCACAAAAUUAGCAUGCAUGUUGUAUUGCUUAGUUACUUUCCAAUCAUGACCACUUCACCACAAGUGUUAUUAGUCUUUCAUAGGUCACUCUGACCAUCACCGUUUCUGAGGAGACCGAAUCUGUGUUCCCGGCAGACAAAAUUGACAUGGAACAAGGAUGGUUUUUAAGGUUGUUUUUGUGAAGGUCUUUUUUUUUUAGCAAACUAAAUAAUGUGUUAAUCUGGUUGUAACAUAGCUUCUGACCAAAUCACAACCAAAAUAUACGGUCUUUUCCAUGACUUCUUUACCUUGUCAUGAAAUUUUUUUUUCUCAAUUUCUCUUGCUUUACCUGGUUGUAAAAGAGACCCGUUGGUUGUAAUCUGGUUAUAGGACGUCUUCUCAACCAGAAAACUAGUUAACAACCAGAAAAUGUCAGACCAUGAGCAAAAUGUCCAUUGGGUUGAUACCAUAAAUCAAACACUACUUCUGUGUUUGUGUCCGACCUAACACCUUUGUUCAAUUGCAGGGAAAGUCUGAGUUAACGACAGAUCUUCCAAACUAAAUGUCAGACAUCGAACCUGUGAAAGUAACUCAAGUUUUAAACUGGAGACAAUAGAAUCAUUUGCCAGCAAUCCCUUACACAGUAUGCUGCGUUUCUCUUUCUAAGAAUGAAAACCCUAUCAAGCUGAGGAGGAAGACUUACCUCACAAUUUGAAUUCAUACAUUUUUCUGCCUCAUUGACAUGAUCAUCAAUCCUUUCCGAUCUUAAUAUUUUGCUCUGUCCUUAAUGUCUUUCAGUGGAAAGUCAUAGACCUACAAGAGCUUCUGAAUUCAAUUCACUGUUGAGAAAUUUACCUUUUUUUUCCCCCUUUUUUUUUUACUAUGAAUUGUCAUUUUUCUUCAAUCAUAACUUGCAAUAUGCCCUUUCCAUGUUGCUGUGUGUUUUUAGUCUGUAUGAACAAAUGUUACAUGUAUCCACAUUGGAGUAUUCAUUUUUUUGGUGUUUUUGCAUUUGUUGAAAGGUCCAAUCCUUUUAACUUGGUUUGAUAGGCUACACUAUGGAAAUUUAGUUGCUAAUUAUUUACCUCAGAUUUUUAGCUUGUUGACUGUAUGGUUCAUUAUACAUGCAUGACAUACUGUUAAUCGAUUUUAGCUGCAAUCAAGCCCAAGUGCCUCACUAUACACUAGUGCAGCGUUUUCCCAAACUUUGUCCUCGGGACCCCAAGGGGUGCAUGUUUUGGUUUUGCCCCCAAACACUAAACAGCUGACUCAAAUAAUCAAAAGUUUGAUGAUUAGUUGAAUCAGCUGUGUAAUGCUAGGGGCAACUAAGCGCAACAACCCUUUGGUGUCCCGAGCACAGAGUUUAGGGAAACCCAGAACUAGUGUUACACAUAGCAACUUUUUAAUGCAAUUUUAGUUGCCAUUGAGCUCCCUUACUGGGCUGUAUGGAACAUGCAUGAGCCACAAUUUCCAUUUUGUAAGCCAGCAUUCAUUUAGUAACACUUCAUACCAUGAAUUUGUAAAACAUUGUGGGUUCUGUUCCGCUUGAAAUAUUAUCAGAUACGGCUUAUGUUUUAAUAUCUACUUGAUUAUAUAACCGUCCAGUUGAUCAAAACCAAUGUGCUGGCAUGUUGUAUGAUGAAUGUUAAACUCAUUUGAUCAGUAAUCUUUGUUACUCCGUUGCCCAUGACUGGUCGGUACUGUGCCUCAGUAGACCUAUUUUUUUGGGGGUCAAGCAUGUCCUGUCCACACUGUAUACAGGAGUGGAUGUCUUGAGUUGAAUUGUACUUGAGCACGCUGCAAUCGAGUCACUCUGACCCUGUUUAUACCUGGUGCUAACAUGCAGCCUUUUUCCUGCUCUUAUCCACACAUUCUGAUUCUGCCCGAUUUUUUUUUUUGACAAGUGCAGAUUUAAAAAUAUAUAUAUAUAUAUAUUAAAAAAAAGAAAAAAAAAGCAUUGUGAUCUGAUAGGUGUAAACAGACAAGAUCAGAUGUUAACGGCAGGUGUAAACAGGUUCAAAUAAGGUCUCCUCAUUUCAGCACCACUGAUGGAUUUAUGUCUACAUUCCAUAUUGUAGACAAUGAUCAUUGUCUUGGUGAAAUUUGGAGGGGUGAGGCUGUAUGAUCGAUAAUUGAAAAAUAACUAAAAACAAAUGAAAGGCCUAACACAUCCUCUUUAUCUGUUUAGCUAAAUUACAGCUCUCCUUGUAUUGAGUUGCUUCUGCCUUGUUCUGUUUGUACAACUCAUGUAAAAUAUUGUACAAUAAAAGUAUUGAGUCUAUAGAUGAGGCAAUAAUGACA